GUAGAUGAGGAGUGGCCAGAGCAUCUGCAGAAUGCUCUUCACAAACUAUGGCUUUUGUAUGAGGAUUGCCAGCGUGCUAAUAGGAUGGCAUGUCUGGAACAUUCAUCACUUGUCCACAAUCUCACAUCACAGAAGAACAAGCUACAGGAGACUUAUGAGAAGCUUGUUGAGGAUGUGAACAACCUACUUGAUGCCCAGGACAAUAUUCCCAAGGAAAAUGAAGUCCAACAAGGUGAACAUGAGGAGAUCACUCCUCCUUUGGACAACAAUAUUUCAGCUUUGAAGGAACAGCUGGGUGCAAUGGAUGCUGAGAACAAAGAACUGAAGCAAAAGGUUGACCAGUUGAAGAGCAUUCAGGUUGCCCAAGGUAAUGUGAUUAGGAAUCUGAAGUUUGCUCAUUUGAAGGAGAAGGAAAAGUUGAGCACUGAGAGGAGGAAUUUGGAGUUUCACAUUGCUGAUCUUGUCAAAGCUAGAGUGACAAGAACAAGAGAAAGCUGA